ACGAAAUUAUAUGAAAAUACACAAAUGGACUUCUUUAGCGACAGAGGCUUUUUAGAAUACCAAACACACCAAUUUAGUUAUCUACAAGUUAAUGGGACUGGAGACUGCGCGGCUGUUAUUUUGGGACCUGAUCAGGAUAAAGGACUACUGAAGCAUUAUUUCCUUCCAUGCAGUACAAAGCUUCCUGCUUUGUGCAUGGGUGAUGGAAUUAAAGAAGUUUUACACACAGAAAGUAGAAAUUGGACUGAGUCGGUGUUAGCGUGUGAUGGUCUUUUGAGGGGCUCUUUUGACGGAUUUUAUAACCUGUCGAAUCCUCCGUCCAACUUCACAAUGGCUUGGACGGGAAUAUUUAGGCGCAGCAAACUGCAGUGGAGUACAGGAAACGAAACAGCCCCAUUUGAGUGCCUGGUCGUUAGUAAGAAAAAUAAAUCAGUUGUAUCUAUCCAGACUAAAAACUGCAGUGAUCUACUGCCUUCACUAUGUGAACGGGAAGAAAUAACAAUCAAGAGAAUUAGGUUAGAAACAACAGCCCAGAGCAUGGGGUUGGAAACAAUAACCCAGAGCAUGGAGUUGAUCACGUAUUCUGGAACACCACCUGAAGAAUCCACACAACAGGAGAUCAGAAGUUUCGCCGAUUACAACCAAUGCCAUCCUGAUGACAAUGGUGUUACAAUUCUAGCUAUUGGAAGCACUCUGAUCAUUAUAUCCGGGUUAUUCUUCUUAGUCAGCUCCGUCAUUCUAUGGAAAGCCAGGAAUAUGACAAAAAGUAUGUUCAAUUACGCGUAG